GGCGGCUUUCUUGGGGGAAGGGAAAGAUCUUUAAUUCACCGUGCGACCUUAUGGAGCUCGGUUUUUCUUUUAGGCCUCAGAUUCCUUAAAAAAGGAAACCCGCAAGCGAAUGGAUUAACGAAGGGGUUUAGGGAGCCCCAGGAGAAUAAAACAGAUUGGUUUAGAUCUGGAGACCCUCCCGAGGCCAAACAGGUUUCAGCAGACCAUCCAACCCGCGUCCAAGUGUUCUUUCUGUCACCCCAUAGAGGUUCACACAGUAACAGUACUUGAGAGGUUUUGGGAGAUCAUCUGAGGCCAGCUGCCUCCUAUGUAUAGAUAAGGAAACCGAAGUCCAGAGAAGACCCAGUCACACAAUGGAUCAAUGACAUAUUGGAUCUUGUCUUUUGUCUUGUGUUCUUUGCUUGGGUUAGGCUGAGCUCUGAUACUAAACACAAUGGAUCCUGAAGUCUCUGAGGUCCGACACACUGUACAAGAAGCUCUCCACACUCUUUCAUCUUCCAGGGAUGGGAUCCAAAUCUCUAAGGCCUUGACAUCUAUGAAGCUCUACUUGAAUGGAGUGCAGAAUACAGUCCUGCCCAGAGAGAGGGAAGAAUUUUGCAAGAUCUACUUUUCUACCUUUCUUCGAUGUCUUGUCAACAAAUUGAGCCCUGAUUGGCUAGAACUGCUACCCACUGGCCAACUGGAAGAACUGUGGGAUAGUUUUUUCCUAGAAGGUCCAGCUGACCAAGCCUUUCUAGUAUUGAUGGAAUCCAUCAUUGUUAUUGCUGGUCCGAGCUAUCGCCUGAUGAAAAUGGCCCAGGUGCUCACCAAGUUCCUGAAGAUGGGCAGAUUGGCCGAACUGAUGUGGGAGAUGUGUCAGCAGCAGGUGCCCCGGGGCUCAUCCCUUCUCCAGGAAACUCUCCUCAACAAAGUUGUGUGUCUGCCCGACCACCUGAGCAACCAAAUGAAAGAGCAAAGCCCAUCCCUGUUCUUCCCUCAGAACUACUUCCCUUUGCUUGGGGAAGAGAUAAUCCAAGUGCUUCAGAGGAUCUCUGACUCCCUCAGAGGAGGCUUGGAUUGUUCCAUCUCCUUUUUAUCUCAAAUAGUGGCGAAAGUCUGCAUCCAUGGGAGACAAAAGGAGAUUUUGGGAGUGUUGGUGCCCCGAUUGAUGGAGCUCACCCAGGCUGACUGCAUCUGGCAGAGGCUUAGUUGGAGGCUUGUGGAAAGUGUGCCAGACCGGGGCAUGGAGGCUGUAGUAUCUGGACUUAUCCAAGAAGCUUCAGAGGCCAAAGUUCUUUCUCAAUUACUGGGGAACCUGGUGAUGAAGAACAAGAAAGCCCAGUUUGUGGUGACCCGGAAAUUCCUGUUGUUGCAGUACAGAUAUCCAACUGAAGUGCUACAAAAUCUUCUGGGGUACCUGGCCUUGGAUAGCCACCGGCGUACUCUCCUCUUACAGGUGCUGAAGGACCUCUUAGAGACCUGGGGCAGCAGCAGUGUUGUCAAACAUUCUCCUGUGGAGCAGCAGUUUUAUGUCAGCAAAGCCAUCCUGAUCUGCUUGUCCCACCUGAAGGAGUCAGAGAUAGAGCACAUCAGGGAAGAGCUGCUGACCUCCAUGAUGGGAGGUGUGCAGUGCCAUAUUGAGAGUAGUUUGCCCCAAGUCCGACACCUGGGAAUGAUUGUAGCAGAGACUAUCAGUUCCCGAAUACACUCUGAGGGGCCCCAUCUGAAAUUCCAGUAUGAAGAAAAUAAAUUGACCAGAGAAUUAUUGUCUUUGGUGAAUUUGAAGCCUGCUGAUGCUAGCUCUCCAGCUUCUGGCUUCCCCGCUGUGCCAGCAUCUGUCAUACAACCAUCAAGUCUAAGCCCAGAGGGCAAAGCACACCGAGAAGAAGAGAAAGACAAGGGGUCUGCCUCGGAUCUAGACAGUGAUGAUGAAUUUGUCCCCUACGACAUGUCACGGGACAAAGAGUUGAAGAGCACCAAGGCUCCAGUGUACAUCCGGGAUUGCCUGGAAGCACUGACAACCUCAGAGGAUGUGGAGCGCUGGGAAGUGACGCUGCAGGUUCUAGAGAGCUUGAUCAAAAGGAGCCCAGCUGCAACAAAAGAGGUGAGUAAAGAGUUAGCCAAGGUACUGCUCCAUCUGGAGGAGAAGACCUCUAUGGAGGGAUUUGAAAUGCUGCGUCAACGAGCGCUGGUGGCUGUCACUGUCACAGACCCAAUACAGGUUGCACAAUAUCUGACUUCCCAGUUCUAUGCCAUGAAUUAUAGCCUUCGGCAACGGAUGGACAUCUUGGAUGUGUUGGUUCUUGCAGCUCAGGAACUCUCAAGCCCUAAGAGCCUAGAGGAAGCCAAGAUCCUUGGUCCUUCCAGGCCUGAUAUCCAGCUCUUGCCUGCACCACAGACCCCCAGUCUCAACAAAGUUCCUUCUGAGGAUUGGAGGAAAAUUGUGGAAGAGAGGAUCAAAAACAAGACACGGCGAUUUGGCAAGGGUCCUUCCAGAACCGACACAGCAAAUGGACCCAACAAGUUUAAUUCUGUGGUUGGUUAUUUCUUCUUUCCUCUCAUUGAACGUUUUGACAGGCCUCUUGUGACUUUUGACCUUUUGGGAGAUGAUUCUUUGGUCCUGGGAAGACUAGUUCACACUGUGGGAAUCCUGAUGUAUUUUGCCAUUAAUACCACAGCAGCUGUGCCAAUGGGAAAGACGCUGUUGGAGUUUGUGUGGGCACUUCGUUUUCAUACAGAUGCGUAUGUGCGUCAAGGCCUUCUGUACUCCAUCUCCUCCGUACUCUGGAGUGUACCUGCAGAGCGCCUUCUUGGAGAUCUGACAGAUGAGCUCCUAGAAACCAGGUCGUGGCUGGCAGUUGUAGCAGAGAAUGACCCAGAUGAAGACUGUAGGAAGCUGGCCAUGCAGGCACUCCUACUGAUGGAAAAGCUAAAAGACAAACUCCAAAUAGUUGGUUCUUAGUCAAUCCAGUUGCCCUUAACCUGGCCCUACAGGUGACCUGAAAGGAUUUUUGGGCCAUCACCUGGCUGGCAAAGAGGAAGGCAGGGAGAAACAGGGGCCUGGCCUGACAUCUGGGCUUUGUAGUGGCAGCCAACUCUGUGAAAUAUUGAUAUCCGGUACUGAGUGUACAGAUGCAGGAAAACGCAGUAGAGUUGCUGUCUUCCUCCCCUCCCCCCUGCACACUGAAUAUGCUAUUUUUAGCCUGGUGUGUUUUGAGUCUUCAGCUAAAAAUACAGCAAACCCUGUAUAGCCACUGCCUCUGUACUGAAACCGCAGGAGCAGAGAACUGGUCACUGAUGGCUAUGGAAGGAGUCGCCUACAUGCCAGAAGCAGCAGCCAGCUCCAAGAUUUCUCAUUCAAUUGUUUCUUGAUUCAUUGAAUCUUGUUAAGAGUGAAAGAUGUGGUGUGGUCAUAAAGCUAAAAAAGGUCUUACCUCCUGUGAAAUUUCUUCACAUUAACAUCCCCCUCUGCCCC